AUGGCUUCCGACUUCAUCGGCUACACCAUUUUAGUGACACUGCAAAACCCCCCAAAUGCCCAGAUCCAGGGUAUUGUUGCCGACGUCGUCAAUCAGAAACUCUUUCUGCAGAAUGUCCUCCUCCUGUGGAACGGGCAGCGGCUCACUUCAUAUGCCAUCGACUCCUCCGCCAUUGCAGAUCUAGAAGUCUCGCCCAGUCAGCGAAGUCCCAUUCAAGAGGAGGAAAUACUCACACCAGUUGCCGCAACUCAAAAUGUCGCUCCAAUACGUUCUGCGCAUAACCCACCACAGAAGGUGCCGACGUUCAUCGACCCCGCUAUCAUCAGUUACGCAAAGCCGCCCACGAAAACUCCUUCGAUAUCUAUUCCAGAUUCUCAUGUGCAACCAGUCUCCCCUAUCAUGAUCGCCGAUGGUGUUGUCAGCAAUGCUUCCCAAGCACGCUCGCGAAACAGCAAUGUGGGUAAUAGCUCAGUCUCUAGUAUUGCGACAGCGGUUCCUACGAAUGCCGGGAAGAGAAAUACUCCAGCUAGUGCGACUCUCACAGAGCCGUUCGAUGCGUUGAGUCUGGGAAGUGAAGUCGCCCAAGCCCCGCCGGCCUCACUCGCCAACAAGGAAAACAAUACUCACACAGCCCCGUCGCAGACUGGGCCUGGAAUCAUCGACAUGAAGGACAUCAACGGCCCGUUGAAGAAUCAAAAGAAGACCGGGAAAGGCAAGGGCUGGCGUCAAACACCGCUGAUCGAAGAGGUCCCCAGGCAGCCCAAGAAGAAGGCCCAGAGAGGUCGGAAAGUGGCGGAAGACCUCAACGGGUGGGCUACAGAAGAUGCCACAGACAUUCAGGACAUGGGCGACUUUGAUUUCGAAUCCAACCUCUCGAAAUUUGACAAGCGACGAGUUUUCGAUGACAUCCGGCAAGCAGAUACCACAGCGGAGGCAGACAGACUGGUCAGCUUCAACCGGCGAGCACGGCCUGGCACUAAUGGUGGCCGCAAUCUCCAUUAUACUGAGAAUGUCCUCGAUACACCGGAUGGGAAGGACAGGGAUCGAUGGAAGAGUGAGGCCGGUGAAACCGAAGACGAUCUGCUCGACCGCGACGGCCACUACAGUAGUGGAAGGGGUUCCAGACGAGCCGCCUCCCGGCGGCCGUUACAGUCCAGGAAAGGUAGUGUCAUUCCUGCGCAUCUGGAGCGAACCGAGUCCCCCCGACCUUUGACGAGGUUGCAAACUUCAUCACCUCUGAACGGGUCGGUUUCUGGCAUUCGCGCGUCUUUCAAGCUCCAGAACAACAAGCCCUGUCAUUGUUUAUCGCCUUUGCAGAUGCUGGAGAUCGAGCAGCUAUGCACGUCUGAGAUGGGCCUUACAGAAGACAUGCUCUCUGAAAACGCCGGCCGAAGCAUAGCCAUGGCUGUGCUGAAGCUACCGGACAUCAGAAGCGUGGUUUUUUUAGUCGGCAACCACAAGUCCGGUGCUAGAGCCAUUGCUGCAGCCAGGCAUCUGCGAAAUCGGAGACUCCGGGUUACCAUUGUUGUUCUUGGAGGCGAGCGGGAGGAGAUGCUGCUUGAGACCAUGAAGAAACAACUGGCCAUCUAUAAGAAGGGGCAAGGCUAUAUCGACCGCUGGGAUGAAUAUCAGGCCAAGUCCGUUGCUGGAGGCCCAGUCCCUGACGUGAUCGUGGACGCUCUACUCGGUGUGCAUGUCACUUUCGAAGAACUCCGCACCGAUGAUCAAGCAAACGUCUUGGAGAUGAUCCGCUGGGCAAAUCGCAGCUCUCUGAUUGUCUCCAUUGACGUACCCAGCGGACUAUCCGCAACUACAGGGCUCCUAACGGAGGUCGAUGGGCAAUUCCUUGUUAUGAACAGCAAACGUAUUGUUAGUCUGGGCGCACCGAAGGCGGGCCUUCUCCACGCCAUGGCCAUUGAUGGUCUGGCCGAACCGCCGUGGCAGGUCUGGGUUGUCGAUAUUGGAAUUUCAGCCGCCGCGUGGCAGAAGCAUGGUUCGAGAAGGAAGCACGGUGUGGACUUUGGCGCAGAGUGGGUUGUCCCAGUCAAAUUCGUGCUGGGAGCGUAG